AUAUUACGCACUAUUUUGCAUACAAACAUUGUAUUUAGUCUUCAGGCCGCUUGGCGUGCGUUUCAAGUUUGCUGAGAGUGGAGAGCGUUUAAACUGUGAGGUAUGUCAGAGUUUGGGUUUCUUUCGUAUACAAUGUAGAACUGUUUUUAUAUUUUCGCUUCUUUUUACGUGUUACUGUCACAACGAGUCGUGUGCCUACGUUAUAUUGUCAUGCUGCCAACCACGCGUUCAUUUUGCACAAACAACUACACGGAGUAAUUUCCAAGACUUUAUAAAUUCAGCUUCAAAUCUUGUUAGCCUGUUUUCUAUAAACGCCAUUCGUGUAAUGUGCUAAACAUCAAGGAAAAACAGCUCCUAUCCGAAUGAUACCACUUAAUUAGUCUUAGAACUUGAGUCUCUUAAAAAUGCAAAUAGUUUGGAAAGUUUUGUAAUUGACCAUUUUAGCAUAAAAAGCUUCCUGAGAGACAGUAUAGCAACAACAUUUAGCUUUUAAACUUGGUUAUCAUUUACAUUCGACUUUAUCACUGGUAGUGAAAGCAUAGAUUCACAUUUUGGUCAAAACACCAGAAUAGUUCAGACAAUUGUUUUCUGAUAACGGCUUUCAUGUAAUCCUCGUACUCAAAGACAAAAGGCAUCGGACAUAGUUGAACUCGUGGGAAGGUUGUGAGUUCAAUCUCUUUGCAGUCAAUAAUUAGUUUGAUUAAAAACUUUAACCAUGCAUCACUAUUUACACUCUUCAACCAUUUUGAGGUUACAUGGAUUGUGUGCAAAUUAAAACUAUUAAAUAACCAAACUCCAAAGCAAAGAUCUUUUGGGGCGAUCUGGUCUCUUCCGUAUCCUCAGGUCCAAACAUUUUACACAACAUUAAGAUACCCCACAUAAUGCGAUUAAUGGUGUUUCAUAGACUGGCAUGCCUUAACUAACUACCCGCAAACUGAUACACUAUCAAUAGGUUCCUAGCUCCUAUCACCAUUUUUUUUGAGAUACUUUCAGAGAGCUAGAGACCUUUGGAAACCAUUUCUGAAACAGUGAAGUUGGCUACCAUUUUACCACGGCGUACUAAAAACCACCUAAUACAAGAACAACUGAACUGUGAUUCUCAGUUCGCUGUACCAGAAUCGCUGGGUCUUGUGUUCAAUUUUGGGGCCUUACGGUUUACGUUAAACCUCUUGUAUAUUAUAAAUGCAGCGUACAAAUCCGUUAUUCAAGGGCCCUUAUGAAGCUAGUUGAACUGAUUUUGCCGAAGCCGAAGGAUUGGAUAUGUAACAAAACCAAUACCAGCCGACAAUUUAAAAAACGUAUACAAGACAAAACAAAACAUAAUCCGAAGAUAUUAUGUUAAUAAAAACUCAAGAUAUGUCAUAUAUGUAUUCAUUCUCGUCAUAUUUUGACUCGUAUCUUGACUUGAGUUUCAAGAUGCUAAUAUCUUCGGAUUAUCAGUAUUGUAUAUGCAAAUAUCUUGCUUCAUUUACAGUAUAGCUUUUGAGCUUAAUUAUCAUUUAAUGCCAGUCAAUAGUUCUCAUUAGAGAAUUUUUCAGAUUUUCAAUAUGCAAAUAUAUAAAACAUUGUGAAUGAACUUUUGUUCCAAACAUGAUACACUGUUGGUGAUGCUUGAGUAAACUGCCUUCUUCAUACUGCGGAUAUGUUAGACAUGGUCAAAUAUCAACCUCGCAAGCCAGUGUAAUUUCAGCCCAAAGACCCUGGGCAUGACUUGCGAGUUUGGGCCGGAUAUCAUGAUUUAUAUUCAGUCUAAUUCUUAAUGCAUUAUUUCUCUGCAGUAGCAACAGCGACAGUUCUAGCGACUUAAGCUACGUUUACACGCUGCGAUUUGUCGGGCCGAUUUUGGUAAAUAAUCGAUGCCCCUUCUUCGAGAUUUAGCGAUUUAAACAUUCAAUUGAAGCUCUCCGCUCUCUCGUCUAUUCAUAUUAUAGUUUUCUGCGUGCGAAAAGUUUUCAACAACUUUACAACGGAAGAAAAAUCGUUGAAUCGUGAGAAAAAUCUGUGGUUUUGUUACAGAUUUUUCUCCCGAUUUUGUGAAUCGCAAGGUGCUGACGCGAGACUGACGACAGGUUAUUUACAUACAGCGAGCAAAAUCGGCCCGACAAAUCGCAGCGUGUAAACGUACCUUUAAGCCUGGCGCACACGAUGCGAUUUUAGUCGGCCGAUAAAAAUUAUAACCAAUCAGAUUUCAUGCUGUGAUCACGUGCUUGUAUUUAUUUGGCAACAUGGCGCCUACAGUUCAGGGAGCAUAUUUUUUUCGUAAUUGUGUGCGGAGUAUACCGAUCACCGAUGUAUAUCGGUAUGUCAAACGAUUUUUAUCGGCCGACUAAAAAUCGCAUCGUGUGCGCCAGGCUUUAGCUAUAGCCUAAGGUAAUUUAAUUACUGCAAGUUUUAGUGGUGUAAUAUAAAUGUAUAAAUAGUAAAUUAUUCAGUUUUGGGUGAUCAAUAUCAGUGACAAGAGCUCUUAUCAUUUGUAAAAAUAGUAAAGUAGCGCAAACAACCAAUUUGGUAACGUUUUGGGUUAGGAAGAAAUGUUGACACUCUCUAAGCCGUCCUGGUUCUAUUUAAUUAAGAAAUACUCAGUAUUUAGAUAAACGUUCAAUUAAUUUUCCAAUCUAGUAAUCAAUGCCGAUUCAGAUAGUGACAGAUACUCAUAAAUGGUAACUUUGAUGUCCGUAGACCGUAGUUGAUAAGUCCGCUCCCUUUCAUAUAGCCUGAGCGCCUGCUUUGCAGGCCACCUUUCUCAGGUUUAAGCUUGUGACUAGCUGAUUUGGUUUGUGCAUAGCCAUAUAGGACUAACAAUGGGUUGUGUUUCUGGGCGCUUGUAUACUAGAAUUUACCGUAGCCAUACAGUUUCAUGACUAGAGGUAUUACUGCACGAUACCACAUAAUUUAAGCUUGGUGUUCGACAACUCUGGACAAAGAAAGAUUUGUUAGGCAAUACACAGUAGACGAAGUCGUUAUUUUAAAACUGUAUAAUGAUUCUCUUGACAUAGGAAAGAAAACUAUGAAGCAGAGAGGAAAAACAAUAUUGAUAUGCAUUAUGCAAAAAUUAAAAUACAAAGAAACCUUGACUGCUUUUGUGACAUGGAACGAACUCACCAUGGCAUUUAAUAAAGUCAUUGUUUAAUAUUGGCAACAGCUGCCAGAAUGAUUACUAUUGAGGCCAAUUACUGUAGACCUCGGCGAAGGAGUUUAUAUAGGCAGCGUUUACACUGUACCGUUUUCGUAGCGUUCUCGUAUUGUUCGAGAGAACUAGACUAUUGUCUUGCGUUCCCUUGAGGAUUAAGAACAAUACGAGAACGCUACGAAAACGGUACAGUGUAAACGCUGCCAUAGACACAAACCACGACAGAUAUAAAGUUCUAUUACAUGAAAGCGCCUGACGCAUGUACAUGUAUAGUUCUAUACGCAAAGAUACUUCACUUAGUGACCGAGACGGUCUGAGUUGUGAUCCAGCGUUGUAUAAACAGGAAACACAAUUAGGAUCCGUAAUUAGGAGGAUAACAAUAAAGGACGCGAAAGGCUCUCAAUUGACCAUUUGCGUAAUAGACUAAAUUUUGAACUAAACAAGUCUAGACAAAAAUUUCAUCACAGCUUGAAGGAGCAUCACAAAAUUAGUAAUAUUCCAAAGUUUCGUUGCAAAAUGUUGUAAAAUGCGGAAAAUAUAGCCUUGCGAAAUUUUCAAUUUUCAGUCAUUUUAGAUUACAAACGGGAAAUUGACAGCCCCAAACCCUUCGAGGCUGUCAAUUUCCGGUUUGUAAUCUAAAAUGACUGAAAAUUGCAAAUUUCGCAAGGCUAUAUUUUCCGCCUUUUACAACAUUUUGUAACGAAACUUUGGAAUAUUACUAAUUUUGUGAUGCUCUUUCGAGCUGUAAUGAAAUUUUUGUUGAGAUCAAAAUUUAGUCUAUUACGCAAAUGGUCAAUUAGUACAAAAGAAAUGAAUAAUUAGACGUCUGACAAGGCCUUGGCAUGUUGUGCAGGCUGUGUUUACAAUGGCAAAUACAAAUAAAGAUUUUUCAUUCAAUUAUAUCAGUUUAACUACCCUGAGUUCCAAUGGCUUCAAAGAGUUUCCUAGCUAGGGUUUGUUUCUCCGAAGAGGUUGUCUCUUGAACCUACAGUAUAUGAAUCCUUUAUAUCCUACAUGUUUAGCUUACGUUUUUAUACUUACAUGCCAUUAAGUAUAGAAAAGCCUAUACAGGUUUCCAAAGGUCUCUAGCCCCCUGUAAGUAUCUCAAAAGGGGAAAAAUGUAAAUAACUAUGUAAUUUGGGCAAUUUAAUAAAAAAAAACAAAAAAAAACGACGCCAAUGUGGCGACUUGACAAGUUUUGUCUGGUUUCUUGACCUUUUCGUAUGCAGUUACCUCUCUAUAGAUUAAGGCCAAGUUCAAACGUCGAACCGUUUUCAUGUACCGAACCUAAUGUAGCCAUAGAAUAGCUGCAGGUGGUUUUAAGAAUUGCGGUAACCCCUUAAAACCCCGCCAGCUACCAGGCUAAAGAUAAUGCAAAUGAUGUCAUGAUUGACAUUAAUCGAAACAUGACCCAUCCAAUAUCAGUUCUAUCGAACGAGAUACCCAAACUGUCGAUAUUUACCUAACUUGCGCUGUCAGAUUCUCUUCGUUCCCAAUGUGUAGGGCUUGAAAUUUGCAGUAUCCCGAUAUCCAAGGGAUACCAGAUUUUAAGUUUGGAUUCUGGACAUCACAAGCUAAGUAUCCAUUGGGAUACUAAACAAGCUUCUGUCCUCCGCAUAUAGUGUAUUUUUCUGUGGUACAGUACAGUAUAUGAAUCCUUUAUAUUAAUUAUAUCUUCAAAUUCAUAUAACAAUUGAAAACUAAAUUUAUCAGUUGUUUCAAAGUUUGAAUAUUACUAGCCAAAUGUGGGAUACAGAUUUUCGUGGUGAAUGCCAGAUUUAUUUCAAGUUUCUUGUAUCCGCCCACUGGAGUAGUGCCGAAGAUUUCACAUUUCGAGCCCUGCAAUGCGUAUUGGAAAGGUCCUGCGUAUCUAUAUACAGACUAUAGUUUAGCACUACCAGCACCAGCCGGCUGGAAAAUCCGCUCACCAAUUAGUGAGAGACUCGGUAAUCACUGAUGAACAAUCAGUGCGAUGUUUGAAGUGUAAAAUAAUGAAUGAUAUUUACUCUUACCUAGAGAGUCUACAAGAAGUCCAUAACCUUGAGUCACGAUGUUGAACAGCGAGUCGAAUGCGAACGAAGAACCUAAAAAGAACGGAAUCCGUCAUUAUAGCGAUGAUGAGAUCAAAUAUGGUUGGAUUACGGUUCGACCUGGAUGUAUGCAGAUUAUGCUCAAACCUCUCUUGUUUCUGCUAACAUUGGUGGGCUGUAGCAGUACCCAAAGUGAGUAUGGGGAGGGAGGGGCACUAAGAUUGUUCUCUAACUUGAGGCAACACUGCAACCUUUGAGACGUUUACGAAUAUCUUACAUCUCUCCGUUUGUGCUCUUGUACUGCUCGGAUAUACUGCACCUCAGGGUGAGUUAGAGAGGGAGGACGUAGGGACAGAAAAUGGGUGGGGAGGGGGGAGGCUUUCAGAGGGGUACACCCCUAUGUAUGCAGGUUAUGCUUCAACCUUAUUAUCUGCUAGUAUUGGUCAGAUGUAGCAAAACACAGGGUGAGGUAGAGGCGGGAGGUGGGGGACGUUUAGGGAAGGAGAGAGAAGUUGGGGAAAGGAGAGAGAAGUUAGGGGCAGGAGGGGGAAGGCGGAAGCUUCCAGUCAGAGGGGCACAUCUCUAUAAAUGUAUCGAGCAGCCUAGACGGGAUCACCAAGAGGGGGUUCCCCUGCUCUGAACUAAAUAAGAGGCUGCAUUGAUUUAUUAUCCUUUUCAAGAACUAAAUUAUUUUCAAUAUGGGCAGAGUAACCGUCACUUAAUAAGGCUGCAGUUUAGUUGAGGUAAUGUUGCGUUCACAUCCGAUUUAGCUGCAGUGGUCGAUUAACGGUUUAUCCAAGGAUUAUCCACAUUUUUUGUUGGUUAUUUAUGAAAUAGAGGUAUACUAUUUACAACAUCAGCGGUCGUGUUGCAUCGGAUAUAAAUGUUUUAAUGAGAACAUUCGUAUUCUUGAACAAUUUAAAAUAAAUGAAUGAUGAUAUUUUGUGAGAAAAUUGAACAUAAAGUUCAUGUACAUCAUCAUGAUUGUGUAUCAGAUAUACAAACUCCUUAACAGUCAUGAUUUUUUGUGUUUUCUUCACGGAUUAUUAAUGAGUUUCACAAUGUAUUUUACAUGCAGUGCAAUACAUAAUGGCACACAUACAUCUUCGAAUAGAGAAAACUACCCUAAUGAUUAAUUUCUUGGUUAUCGUUCCAUGUUUCGCGCACUAAUAUAGGUUAGGGUUAGGGGUUAGGGUUAGGUUUAGGUUUAAGGUUAGGGUGUGUAUAUAUGUAUAAGGAGGUAUCCAGUUGACUUUGCAGUACACUAUAAUAUCCAUUACAUAACGCUUACUAUAUUGGUGCGCGAAACAUGGAACGAUUACCAAUUUCCUCAACCAAAGUUUCGUUCUCUAGUUCUGUUACAGCACAUGUUACCAGCAGUUGAGCGGACAUUAAAAACGCGAUAUAACCUCACGGACAAAGACGUCACUGGUCUCUAUGUGGCACAAGGAAUUUCAUUAAUGGUUGCCGUUGUUAUUGUUGGUUACUUUGGAAAUUUUCGCGCAAGAAAAAUACGUUGCAUUGGAGCUGGUAUGGCGUUAAGCGGUAAGUCAGAGGUGAAACCUUUCGAAAAAUUUGUCAAACUUUUAGCAUCGUAGAAUAUCGGUAAUAGACCUUAUGCAUAAUGACGUCACAAGGCUUGAUGCCCGCGAGAAAUGCUGGUCUUAGCAUUGGGUCUUAGUCAUCGCCCAAGAAAAUUUCGAUAGUGGCCAUUUUGAAUUGUUUAAUUUUCCCGAGAAGGUCUAUCGGUGGAUUUCUGUAAGUGUCGUGGUGCAACAGCAUAUUGGGAUGAACCUUAGAAAUAUUAACACUUUAUAAAAACGAGAAAAUUUAACAUAUUUCAGUUCUGUAUAAGACUACAACAUAUAAUGUAAAAAAUAACAUUAUUUUCUCGCUCGGAUAAUAAUUGUCAUGUAUAUAAUCAUAGAUAUAAUCGUGAUGUAAUCAUAGAUAUAAUCACGAUAGUGCUUUGUGAAACACACCUAUAAUAUAUAGUUAUUUGUGAAACAUGCCUUAAGAUAAUUAAUUUCUUGUUUCUUGUAAUUAUCGUGAUACAAUCAGAUAUAAUCGCGUUUUUUAAAUGGUAAUAACGGAAGAUAUUGUAUCUCGGUAUUGAUCAAAGAUAACCGAUGAUAAUUAGUGAUAUUCAUGAUAUCGUCUGCGUUUCUUUACUCUAGGCUUGGGCGCAAUAGUUUUUUCAAUUCCACAUUUCAGAGCAAGUGAUUACGAUCCGCAGCCAAACAUGCCUGAGUUUAUUCUUAACAAAUUCGGCUUAUGUGGUCUAAGCCAGUUUCCUUGUGUGGAGAAAAGUGUGAAAUCUUCAUAUAUGGCGUCAUUUGUUAUUGGUCAAAUAAUGAUUGGGACAGGUCUUGCUCCGCUGUACUGUCUUGUCCCGGCCUAUAUUGAUGAAAAUAUCAAGCCAAAGUGGAUGCCUAUAGCAAUGUUACUGUGGUAUGCUAUUCUUUAUAUUGGGCCUAUCAUUGGAAUGGCAGCUGCUGGUAUAUUCCUACAGAGUUACAUCGACAUUGAUCAGGUACUGUGAGCUUUGGCCUGAGCCUUGCUUCACCCAAUAUUUUUGCAAACAAACUUGGCCCAUAGCCUAUCGAAGGGAGAUUGCUAUGAAACUCAUUAGAAUAACAAUAUAACUCAUCUAUGUUACUCAACGUUUAUUCAUAAACCUGAUCCUUCACCGUCACGUGCGUAUUGUAUUUUUGCCCAACUACAACUCCGGUUCAUUGAAAUCAAAGUUAUAAUUUGUUUCUAGCCGAAACUAUUGCAUCAAAUGGAUUCAGAGGAUUUCCGCUGGCUUGGUGCAUGGUGGCUCGGAUAUCUUGUGUUUGGUCUAAUAACAAUAUUCCAUGCUCUUAUUGUUUCUGGAUUUCCCGCCUCGCUACCAGGCUCCCGAGCUGUCAGGGACGAGCAUAUCCUUAAAGGUAUAACUUAUUCUUGAAAUAACGAUAAAUGUGUUUCAAACACGAGGCGCAGUCGAGUUUUUUCAUUUUUGUUCAGGAUUUGUUUAGUACAGUGGUUAUUGUACGCUUUUUAUGCAUUUCUUUUUUUUUUUGCAUAUUGUUUCUGGCUCAUUUCCACUCCGAAGAAAAUUGACCGACAGAAAUUUUCCGUGGGAAAAUGUUCAACUUUUAACCAUAUUUUCGUAAAUUUUCUUUCCGUGAAAUGGAGAUUUUUCUUGAGUGGAAAUGGCGUCCACACCGACAAGUUGAAAAGGAAAUUGUUUAGCAGACUGUUUUAGAGUGUACAGCCAUCCAGUAUAAAUAAAGCUAGUUUAGUUUAUUUAAGUCUCUAUUAUAUUAUUCCAGGCCAUAUUCCUACAAACGAUGACAAAAUCACACAAACUCCAGCUGGUGUUCUCCAUGCAACAACCAAUUUGUUGAAAAAUAAAGCAUAUAUUUUCAACACGUUGGCAAGUAUUUGUAUCGUAUUUUUCCUCUACGCUCUGGGACCGUUUAUGAUACAAAUUAUUAUCAUUAAAUAUGGUGCUGAUCCAUUCAAGAUUGUUAUGCCCGUCAUGACAGUUUUGCUGUUUGGCUUUGCAGGUAGGUGUCAGGUUUUCCACUGUAAGAAAGUUAAUCGACUUAGGGACCAGUCAUUAUUCAUGACGGGGGUGGCACUGAAGAGAAAAGGGUUGGGUAAACAAAUCAGGGUUCGUAGUCUCCAAGAUCAAAAAAUUUCAAAGACUUUCAAAGAUUUUUUCUGCCUAUUGUCAAAGACUUUUCAAAGACCUUUGAGAGCAAUCAGGUGUCGAAAAAUUGCGAUGUAUAAGCACUAUUUUUACCCGGUAAUUAGUCCUGUCAAAUCACAUCCUAAAAUGCACUUUUUCGUCGAUAUUUGCGAAAAUUUUGCUUCAAUCAAUCUAUUGUAUUAGCUAGGAAAUCGUAUAAUCAAAUAAUCACUAAAGAAUUUAAAGACUUUUAAAGACUUUAUUCGCUUUUUCACACACUUCAAAGACUUUUCAAAGACCUUAAUUAAAGAUUUUCCAAAGAUUUUCAAGGAUUUCAAAGACCGCUACGAAUCCUGCAAAUUCCAAACAACUCAAGGGUUGGGUAAUAAAAAUUUGUUGUCAUUUCCAAAGCAUGACUCACUGAAAUAUUGAAGACUAAAAAGCAAUGUCAGCAGUAUUAUGCAAAUACAAUAUGUAAAUCAAUCAGAGUGACUAUCUUGAUCAUUUUCCGAUUUGUCAGGAGGCAAAUGGUGUCUCCAAAGAAAGUACAUGUGCAGACAACAUGAAACUUUAGACUGCAGAAAAUUUCACAAGCCGUUAUCAUACUCCUGUGGCAGAAGUGGUAAAGGACAUAUGUUACAACUGAAUGGUAUAUUGGUAUAUUGAUAUUUGAGGUUGGGUAAUGAAAUUUUUGGCUUUUUAAUGGUUGGGUCAGCACAAAUUUUGCCACAAAAAACAUUUCUUUUCGGUGCCACCCCGACCAUAAAUAAUGACUGGUCCCCUUAUCUGGGGAUUUUAUUCACUUUUAUAUUUUACCCAUUUAGUUGGUGUAAUUAUUGGUGGUUACUUGACGUAUCGUAUCAGUUUAAAAACUCUCGCCAAAGGAGCGGCAUUGCUCUGCCUCGCUACACAGGCAUUGUGCAUCCUGGCACCUCUACUGUUUGUUGUUCCCGGAUGUAAUGAAAGUAAUAUAGCUGGAGUUACCAAGGACUAUCCCGCUCUUGGGUAAGUGAGCCAUUUACUUCUUCAUAGUUAUAUUCACUAUGACAUUGAAAACUGUAAUCCUGGAUGGCUUUUGGAUGUAUUAUGUAUGCUGGAGUAUUGGUGAUCGAGUUCAAUUACUAGAAAGUGCUUCCAGCUUGACUCUGCCAAACACUGCAGGGCCUUUUCCUGUAGUAACAUGCGACCACCAAUUUAGAGAUGGCCCUUACUGGACCUCUACAGUGAACAGUUUAGAAGUGAUAGAGCUACCGUAGCUUAGUUUAGUAACAUUAGAGCAACGAGAGAUGACGCUUGCUGGGCCUCUAAAAAGGACUGUUUUAGAACUGCGAGAGAUAUCCAGUAUAAAUAAAGUUCGUUCAAGUUUAGAUUUCCUCCUGUAGUAACACUGGAUCAAUAAGAGAUGAUUCUUACUGAACCUCUAGAGAGAACUGUUUAGAACUGAUAGAGCUAUCCAGUUUAGUUAAGAUUUCCUAGCUAGUGAAAAGAUUAUGAUGUAUAUUUUUUACUCUAGUGGCAAGCCGAUGUCCAAGAUGGGUGCGAAUGGUACUAGCGAGUUAACAGCGGCAUGUAACAAGCCCUGUGCAUGUUCUACAUUUAUCAGUCAACCAGUUUGUGGUUCAAACAAUGUCGCAUACUUUGAUCCAUGUCACGCUGGAUGUAAGGCCAAAAUAUCGGAAAAAGUAAGUAGAAAUACUAUCGUAAAUCGUUUCACGAAGCGGGUCGCUUUUACGAACAACGUAUAGUAUUAAGGCCGAUUUACACUACACAACUUUUGCCUAAAACUGUCGCAUGCAACCUGCUUACAACUUGAGUUGUAGCUGUUCCCUAACAUAUCCUCAUGUGUUCCAUAUAUCCUCGUGUAUUCCCUAACAUAUCCUCAUGUGCUCCUAACAUAUCCUCAUGUGUUCCCUAAUAUAUCUUCAUGUGUUCCCUAACAUAUCAUCAUGUGUUCCCUCACAUAUCCUCAUGUGUUCCUAACAUAUCCUCAUGUGUUCCUAACAUAUCCUCAUGUGUUCCUAACAUAUCCUCGUGUAUUCCCUAAUAUAUCCUCAUCUGUUCCCUAACAUAUCAUCAUGUGUUGCCUAACAUAUCGUCAUGUGUUCCUAACAUAUCCUCAUGUGUUCCUAACAUAUCCUCAUGUGUUCCCUAACAUAUCCUCAUGUGUUUCAGGACUACGACAAUUGUACGUGUGUACCCUCGAGUAUCCCAGGAAAGAAAUAUGGAACUGCGAGGAAAGGUUUCUGUGAUCGAGGUUGUGGCAGUUGGAAAGUGUUUCUGUUUGCCACAUUCCUGGCUGUCGUUUUGUUUGGUGCUAAUGUUGUACCAAGUAGGGUCGUCGUCUUACGGUAAAUAUACAAUACCUACUACCCUUGAGCUAAGUGGACUCUAUAUGCUUGCACAAUACUCAUAAUUAAAUUAAUUCACGUGUUAUUUGGCCCAUCACAUCAUCGAGAAGUCGAGCAAAGGCCACCUCACAUACAUUGAUUCAACGUUUCACUGCAGGAGGAAACUUUAAACUAACUUUAUAGUUUAAAGCCGGUUACCCUGAUCGUAGGUUAGCGUUGAACUUCAAAGUAAAUUCCUCAAGAACUAAUUGUUACUGACAAACUUAGAAAUAUUCUACAGAAAUCUUGUCUGGAUAGAGUCGAUGAUGAGUCCUAUUAUCCAAUCUUUUGUUAAAACAAAUAGUCGUUUGCCUUAAUUGUGUUUUCAAAAACUGACUCCAGGACUUUUAUGAAGAUCAGGGGCCGGUUGUAUAAAACUCUUAAUAACUUUUUAAUCACUAUUUUGUAGUUAAAUAGUGAUUAACUCUCAAAUACGCGCUUCUUAUUGGAUGACGUUUCCACUUAACUAUGGUUAACUUUAAUCACUUUUUUUAUACAAUCGGCCCCUGGGCUUAAGCAUCGAUACCUUUGCAAUAAUAAAUACAACGUGGCGUUUCCAUAAACCAAACUAAAAUGAAGAUGGUGUUUUUUUUACAAAAUAAAAUAUCAAAGAACUUUAAUUUUCUAUGUAGAUGUGUUCAGAACAACCAGCGAUCUUAUGCUCUGGCGGUCCAACAAUUCCUGACAAUUCUGGUGGCGUUCAUACCGACGCAUCUUGUGAAGUAUAUCAUGCACCGUGACUGUCAUAUCUGGCAGAAAGACCCAUGUGGACGAAAGGGGAUAUGUUGGGAUUAUCACACGAACUCCAUGAGCAAGAGCAUGACCAUAUUCGGUCUGGUUGUUACUGGUAAGCUAAGGGUACUUGUGUCUGAAUUAGAGCUUGCCUCUGUCCGGCGAUGCAUGAACGUUGCAUACUCUUCCUAUGUAUAGUUUCUGAAUCAAUCUUUUGCGUGGAUGUUAAAAUUAGAAGUUAUACAGGGCGUAUCAAAAAAAGCGCAAUCCUCGACUGAAAUGUAAAUUGCUAAACAAAUAAUAGACGAAAACGUUAAAGUUUACAUUCAUUUUAAAGCGUAGCCAUUCGCUUUCUAACAGUGGGUUGUUUCUUAAAUUUGACUCAUUGGUUCGCGGCUAAUAAUACUUUACGUUAUUGCGAUUGGAGAUUAAAAAAAUUGAGAUGGAAUAACAAAUCGUUCUCAUGAAAAUAACUGAUUUUUUCAUUAAAACAAACAAAUGUUGCAUUUUAUUAAAUGGAUUGUAACAAUAAGUAUAAUUACGGCUUUUCUUCCACUAUUUUUAACUCAGUUUGAAACUUCAAAUGCGAUAUAAUAUUGGCUUGGACCAUGUAAGCUGACUGACAUCAACUUGCUAUAAUUUCUGUUUACAUUACAUCGCAAUUCGAUGACACUCUGGCUCAGACACCAGAAUGUUUUGACGAUUUUUAGCAUUCGUUUAGGAUUUUCAAACAACCUGGUCUCUUUUAAAAUACUUUUAAUUUGUUCUUACGUGGUUUUCCAGAUGUAGUGACGACAACAUUAAAGUUUAAAGAAGAAAAUUCUAACAUUUAAACCGACUAAACAAUUACAUAGUAAACUUGCAUAAUUAAACAGCAACUAAAAAUGAUAGGUUUUACUAAAUCUUUUCCUGUGCAAUUAUUACUAGCAUUGGAGAAAAGGAUAAUAGUUUGUUUGAAAGAGAAAAGAACAGGCUUUGAAGUAAGCCUAAAAGCGUUUAACUAGAAAUAGUAUUUCGAAAGUUAUUAAGCACAAAAGAUGAAUUGCGUUAUUUUGAUACACCUGUGGUUUCAAUUGCGGGGGCAUACUAUAAUUAUUUCGUACUUACUUUCGUAACUGUACGCUAAAUUAUUAUAAAGGUAAUAAAGCUGGUUUCUGUGAUCACGGUAUGAAUUUUGCAUGGGUGAAUUUUAAGUUUUAAAGGAUUUGUAAGAACUGCUUGAGGGAACUGACUUACUGUUUAACACUUCCCUCAAACAUUUAUUACAAAUCCUAUAAAAUGUGCAAUUUACCUAUGCAAAAUUCCUUUUGUAAUCACAGCAAUGACAAUAAUUUCGGCAAUGCGUUCCGCCAGCAAGUUACAACAAAAUUGCUGCAACUUGCAACAAAAUCUGAUUUCAACGCAUGCUAAUUGAAAAUGUUUACACAUAAAUUACAAAUCACGAGGCAACAUGUGUCAACAUUUCUACUUAACAUGCGUUGAAAUCAGAUUUUGUUGCAAGUUGCAGCAAUUUUGUUGCCCGUAUUACUCCAGCCUUAUGAGUAAAAAACUUGUGUUUAACAAAUCGAUUUUGUUCUGCCUACAGCCCUGGCCACGACGUGUUAUUUCUUCUCCUGGCAUAUAUAUGAAUCACCAAAGACAAUCAAAACCCACAGACUGCUGAGUGACACAAGUACCGCACCAGAUGAGAUGGAUGACGGCAAGGAGACCAAACUGUGACGUAAUAUGACGUCACUACAGAUGACGUCAACUUCAUGACGUCAUCUGUGAUACUGAAGAAAUGUAGGACGUGUGUUACAUUUGUAGACAUUUAUAUUUUGUAUUUUGUAUUUGUCACAAGUUUUGUGAACUAGACUUUUUCAACAAUAAAUUCGCAGAGAUUUGAAA